AUGACGCUUUUGGGCAAGGACGCCGACCCUGCUGAAGUGACUGUGCAUGCGACGGGUCUCUCUUCGUCCCCACCAAAAUUAGCGGUCGGACGACAGCAGCACGUGAGCGUCGGUCAAAUGCUCCAGCGCCAACACCGCGGUUCGUUCAGCGACGCGGAGCCCGCUGCGGUGGUAGCAUCCAGUGGCACCGUUGCCGACAUAAAGACGGCAGAGCCGGCACCAACAUCCGUCAUCACGCCCUCCGUCGUCCCCAAGCUCACGGACCACGUGCGCAACUUUCGUCAAGUGCUAAAAGAGCUGGUCGCGCAAGGGGCCAUUGUCACCAACAACAAGACACUCUACACGCAGCAAGGCAACUUGGCGUUCUACACGCGGAAAAACGUCACUCGGCGUCUACAACUGCGCCGGCACCCGGAGCUCAUUCGGCUGAGUAAGCUUUUCUGGGCGACCGUGGUGCCGCCCAUGGUUGAGACAAUGGACGUCCACCGCUACGAGCAAAUCUUUCUCCGGAUUCACAAAGUGCUGGCCAAGAUCUAUCGCGUUGAGGCCGGUGCCAUCAACCUCGAGGAUGACUGGCGACGCGACACGAACGGCGACUGUCGAGGCUUAAGCUACGAGCUUUUUCACGCAGCAUUGUUUGAAACCAUCGAUAUCUGGUGCAACUCGGUCAAGGUCCAAGACUACAUCAACCUCUUGGCAUCGCUCCUCGACGGUAUCACGCGCUUGAACAAAGAAGACGUCGCCUUUCUCAAAUCUCUCCGAGGCGACCGACAGCAAAUGGUGCCGAGCCCUCCCAAGCCCGAUGGCCCCCCCCGGCCGCGACCCAAAUCGUCCCCGCUAAAGCGCAGUACACCGUUGGCGCCUCAGCAAGGAUACAACAGCAGCAUCGUGUACAUCGACAUCAACGGCCACGCGGUACCGCCGAUCAACUUUGAGUUUGACGUCGACCAGCCGCCGAUGGCGCGACCGCACUCGCCAAUGCGAACUCGACCAGCGGCUCGCCUCGGGCUCUCGUCACCGCGACUGCCCGAAACCAUCGAAAUGGACGUUGAAGGGCACUGUAUCGAGACGUCUACUGAAGACGCCCCGCGCCGCGUCGCCGUGUGGCAGUACGAGGAAAAGUCGAAUGCGGCGCGGCUACCCGAGUGCGCGUCGUCGCCGCUCAAAGGAGCGAUUCUGUUUUCACCCUCCACGUACCCGAUCGAGCACCGCUGGAUCAAGCGCAGCCAAGCCCGCGCCUUGCACGAGCUCAAAAAGACACAGGACGACGCGCCGCUGUACGACUACUUUCACACGUCGCCACCCAAGGUGCCCGAGGACGAGCGUUUGAUUUGACUCCCCGCCCUUUAGUUGUUCUGGUUGUUCUUGCCAUCAAUAAACACGACUAAGGAUGCUAACACGACA